AUGGCUCCCAUGGAGUCCCCGAAGAGCAAGGUCUCCGAAGAAGAGAUUGCUUUGCAGGUCCAGGACUUCUUGACCACCUGGGAAUUCAACAUCAUGAGCUCCCCUGCUGGCAAGUCGUUCAAGCACGACCAGGUGAUGUCUUCCGCGCUCGAGUUGCUGGCGCUGAACGGGGUUCCUCUGGACAAGGAGGAGAUAGGCCUCAUGGUCAACAUGCACGAGAGCACACUCAUCCCUCUGCUGGCGGACAAGAUACCCGUUGAGCUCCGCGACAAUUUCGAGCUGCUCACCCAGCAGCUAUUCCUUAUGCUGAACAGUGCGUUCAAUGUCCGGAGCGCCCUGGACACCGGCGCAGACCUCGCACAGGUCAUGGAGAAGUCUGACGACGACAAGAUGUUGCAGUUGGUGUUGAAGAAGUCGGUGGUGCAGGCGAGCCAGGAGGUGGCGAAGCUUCAGAGGUGUAGCGCGUCGUGGACGAAAGCGGCGGAGAAGCGCGACGCGCUGUCGAAGGCGUCGCUGUACGCGGAGGAGGCCCGGCAGCGUCUUAUCACGACCGAGAUGCAGCUGCAGCAGUACACCUCGGACACCAAGGCCAAGAGCAAGCAGGCGCUUCUGGGCUUCGCCGCGGGGAACGACACCGCCCUUGUCAAGAGCACCUUCGCUGGCUGGCAGGGCGAGUGCCUCGCCAACAAGGAGAACGAGAGCGAUGCGGGAGAAGUACGAGAAGGAGCUCCAGGAGGCGGAGGCCUUGCUCUACAAACACCAGGAUCCCCAGAAUAUAAGCAGCUCGCGGGAGUGCGCAAUAUGAUGAUGAGCAAGGUGCGCGAGACCGACCGCGGGCUGGUGGACUUCUGCAUCAGCACGUGGUACGACGUCGUGAAGGGCAUCAAGAGGAUUAUUGGACGGCGACACCAAGGCGGAGCUCGAGGCGCUGCAGGAGCGAAGAUGGCGGGCUUCCACACCGAAGCCAAGUCGCGCCAGAUGAAGGUGUUCGGACGAAUGGCCGGCGACCGUGAUCAGGCCGUCGUGGUCCUGGCCAUGAGCUCGUGGGUCACCUUCCACCAGGACCGAGUACAGCAGGGAUAA